AUGAGGGAGUCAAGGCAAACGUUGGUUCUUUGGUCUGCUUUGGCGACGUUCUUCGUGCUGUUUGGUCGCCUUCAUUUUGCUACAGGAUGCCAGUUCUUUCCAAUAGGGGAGUACUUGAAAUUCGUCAGGGUGCCGGAAAAUCUUCCAAGAGGCACAGAGAUCUUAUCGUUGGAAGCUUAUCCGAGAAGUCAUAUCUCAAUAAUGCCAGUGGACAAAGAUGAAGACGCCCGUUUCUUCGCCUACAAGGAGACAAACAAGACGCACGUCUCUCUGAUGCUGGCUCAGUCCCUCGAGGACCUGGUUGACACGGAGGUGCCUAGAAAUCUGCUCAAGUUCCGCGUGGUCUGCGAUUAUUCAGAUGGCGGCGAUUCUCUGGUUACGUCGCACCUGUCAGUGACGGUCUACGUGGAGGACAUAAACGAUCAUGCCCCGCAAUUUGUCGAUGCGCCUUAUCACGUAACCGUGGACGAGCUUACUCCAGUCGGCGUGACGAUAUUUCGCGGGAUCCAUGCAGUGGACGGAGACAAACCGAACACGCCGAACAGCGACGUGCAUUAUGCGAUAGUGAAAGGCAACGAGGAAGGCAAAUUUUCACUCGAAUCCGGCCACAGAACCGCUCUCAUACUCCGUAAACCGGUGGACUACGACAACGGCGACCGCGAGUUCACGUUGGUCAUCGCGGCCACGGAUCGUGGAGCGCCGGCCAGGACCACCAACACAACGGUGAAGAUAACGAUAUUGGAUAACGAUGAUCUUGAUCCAAAAUUCACCAGAGACGUGUACAAAGCGAAGAUUUACGAGUUCUAUCCGAUGCCGGAACACCCGAUCUUCGCCCGAAUCAACUUCUCCACGCCGAUCCAAGCGACCGACAGCGACCGCGACAUCGACACGCCCGUCCGCUACGACAUCACCUCGGGCAACGAGCGAGGUUUCUUCCAGCUAGACCCUGUAAACGGCACCCUGUACCUGAAACGUGCCAUCGACCUGGACGCUGAGCGAAACUUGCCCUCGAACACGUUCACCCUGCAAAUCCACGCCUCCCAAGUGGACAACCCCCUUAGAUCGGGCGUGGCUAGAGUAGAGAUCGAGGUCCUCGAUCUGAACGACAACCUGCCCGAGUUCGAGGUGGACCUGUACAACAUCAGCAUAGUGGAGAAUCUGCCGAACGGGUUCAGCGUGCUCCAGGUGAUGGCCCGCGACAGGGAUCAGGGGGAGAACGGGCAGUUCGACUACGAGCUGGUGGACCCGUCGGGCGCGUUCUCGGUGGACGCGAGAUCCGGCUGGUUGACCGUGAGGGACCAGUCGGUUCUCGACAGGGAGAGGCGAGAUCGGUUGAGAAUGAGGGUGGUCGCCGUCGAGAGAAGGCCGAGCGUCGUGGUCCCUCGAAACGGCUCCUCCUCUUCCUCUUCCUCGGUGGACGUCGACGUGACGUUGCUCGACGCCAACGACAACAACCCGAUCUUCGUACCUGGAAAUCUGUACGAGUUGGUCGCGAGGAGCGACUCGAAGGUGGGCACCGUGCUCGGCCAGGUGCACGCGGUCGACGACGACCUGGGCCCGAACGGGAUGGUCAGGUACAGGCUGCAGAAGCCGGGCAAUUCGAGCUCGAGGACGCCUCCGUUCACGGUGGACGAGGCCACGGGCACGAUCGCGGUGUCCGAGAGCCCGAUUCUCGAGGGGAGGCACGCCAUCUUCGUCGAGGCUGCCGAUCAACCGGCCAACCCCAGCGAGAGGAGGCUCUCCCUCGCUGUGGUCACCGUGGAUGUCUUCAGAUCGGAUGGGCCGGAGUCGUUGGAGCCGGAUUUCGUGGGCGCCCCUUACGAAUUUUGGGUGGGUGCCAACGUGCCGGUCGGAACCAGCGUCGGCCAAAUACGCUUGAACGACGCCGUGAAGACCAACGACCUGAUCUACGACCUCUUGCACAGCUACGAGGAAGGUGUGCCGUUCGCGGUGGAGGAACGCUCGGGUACGAUCACGGUGGUCGAGGAAAUCGAAAGAUUCGACCGAUCGAUCUACGAUUUCGAGGCAAUAGUUACCGACGAACGGGACCUGAUGCUGAUCACCAACGUGUCCAUCCACGUGGUCGAUCCUAAUGACGACCGAGGCAUAUUCACCAGGGGAACGACCACCGCCCCACUGGUGUUCCACGCGAGAGAGAACAUGGCUGGCGCGUACAUCGGCCAAAUACUUCCGCAGAAUGGAACUGGCUCGGCCACGCCAGCCACUCGCUUCUUUAUCGUCAAUCAGCAGGAUGUGCCCGACAUCUCGAUCACGGAGGAUGGCGCCCUGUACGCGCCCAAGGGCCUCGAUCGUGAGACCAGGCAGAAUUACAGCAUCACCGUGAUUGCGGAGAGCCCGCGAGGCGUCGGCGUUUUCCAAGUAAGCGUGAUCGUUCUUGACGAAAACGAUCAUGCGCCAGAAUUCACGUCCCCGUUAUACGAAGGGCGAAUCAUGGAGAACAGUCCACCCGGAACGAAAGUGAACUUAUCGACUCCCAUUACGGCUACCGACAAAGACGAGGGUAUCAAUCAGAACUUUGUCUUCACUCUUCACGGCGAGGGAAGCGAGUUUUUUAGAAUCCAUCCAACCACGGGUUUAGUGUACUUCGAAGGAAUCGAUGAUCGUACAUUGGACAGAGAGGCGAGAGCAAACUAUAGUUUCACCAUCGUUGCUAAAGACAAUGGCGGUCUAACCUCCGAAGCGAGUCUGAGGAUAACGGUGACCGACGUGAACGACAAUUCUCCCGUUUUUAUCCGUAUGAUCGUGCUCCCGGAGCAGGGUGUUCGCGUCUCGAACGAGGCCGAUACCGAGGCGUCGUUCGAAGGGAACGACGUGCCCGAUACGGACGACACUGGGACAGGAAAUCAAGCAUCGAGCGCCCGUCGUUCGCCCCUUCUUCUCGUUCCGGAAAACGCGACGAUCGGGGCGCCGAUAAUACGGCUCCUCGCCGAGGACAAGGACGAGGGAACAAACGCGGCGAUAACGUACAGCCUGGGGAACGAGACGGUUUCCGGUGACGACGUUGAAUCACGACUCGAGGCCACCAAUCGUAGAUACUUCCAUCUGGAUCCAAGGUCGGCCGAGAUAUCGGUGGCCAGGGGGCUCACCGCCGAAACCAACCUGCGUUUCCUAGCCCUGGCCAAAGAUCCCGGGGGAUUGUUGGACAAUAUUACCAUCCGGAUCCACGUGGUCGACGUGAACGAUCAUCCCCCUAGCUUCGACAAAUCCUGGUACACGUUCGACGUAGCCGAGGGCACCUACGCCGGAUACACGUUGGGCACCGUUCGAGCAAUAGACGCGGAUCACGGAGCGAACGCGAACGUCACUUACGAGUUGACGACGAAGGAAAAUUCGACCAGCCUUGGAAACGUGUCCAGGAUCUUCGAGAUCGGCCCUAGGGAGGGGAUAAUCAGAGUGACGGGUAUUCUCGACAGGGAAACCGUACCUGUUCACCGCCUCCUCGUCACGGCUCGAGACAACGGUGUCCCGAGAUUGAGCUCCACCGUCGAGGUGGAGGUGAACGUGUUGGAUGUAAACGACAAUCCACCGGUGUUCCACGAUUACGACGAGAUCGAGAAGGACGAAAACGGCGAUCCCCUUCCUGUCUACCAUGCCUCCAUCCUCGAGAACAGUCCUAUAGGCAGCCAAGUGAUCAAAGUGUCCGCCAACGACUCUGACUUUGCCGGGAAUGGGAACGGUCUGAUCCUGUUCGACCUGAAUCAUCUUGGCAAGAUUGAGAAACAGUGGUUCGCCAUCGACAGCAAGGAAGGUGUGAUCACGGUUAUCGGUAAUCUGGACUACGAGAGGCAAAGAAGCCACAGAUUACUGGUAACCGCUAGCGAUCUAGGGUCUCCUGUCAGCCUCACGUCAACGGCGGCGGUGAUCGUCGCCGUGUCGAACGAGGACGACGAGGAAGGGACGGAGACGGAGAAGGCGCCUUCGUUCAAACACCGUUACUACGAGGUGGAGGUCGAGGAGAACGUGGAGGUGCCCGUGUUGGUCGCCCGGUUGGAGUUGGCCGACAGUGGACACAUACAGGACGAGCAUAUACGGUACAGCAUCGUGGCGGAUGAGACGAAGGCGAGGCAAUUCUUCUCCGUCGAUCCUAGGAACGGCUCGUUGUAUCUGAUGACGGGCGUGGAUCGGGAGGUGAACGAUCGAUACGAGGCUAAGGUGAGGGUGGACAGGGUGAAGAUCGGAAGAGGGAUGCCGGUCAUGAUUUACCCGGUGGUCGGCGAAAGGCUGAACGGUUUGGCACCUAACGAGGCCAGAGUCGUGGUCAGGGUGAAGGACGUGAACGACAACGCGCCCAGAUUCAAGUCGAAGGGCCGACCCAUCCUUGCCGCCAUACCGACCACCGCCCAUUACGGGUACGAGGUCGUCAAAGUGGAGGCGGAAGACCCGGACGAGGGAGCAAACGCCGAGAUCCGGUAUCAAAUUCUCGGGCGGGAGGACGCGCCACGAUUCGCCAUUGACCCACUGAGCGGUCAAGUACGAUCUGUGGCGAGUUUUGGCCGUGAUGCUGGGCGCGUUUUCGGGUUCGACGUCAAGGCCACCGACAGAAGAGGCGCUGAGAACGGUCGCAGCAGCAUCGCCAACGUUUUUGUGUACAUCCUGGAUGAUCAGAAACAGGUGGUGAUGGUGGUUGGUCGAAGGCCCAUAGAUCUCGAGCCGCAACUGGAGAAUAUCACCGCAGUAUUGCACAACGUGACGGGUUUCGACGUUCGAGUGAGGAAGCUAGAGCCACACAUUGAAAAAAAUUUGAUCGACACGACGUCUACCGACGUUUAUCUUUACGCAAUCGAUCCCCAUUUAAACGUUAUGAUAGACAUGGACACGUUGCACAACGUGUUCAACACAAAGAAAACGGAAAUCAAGCGGGAGUUGGACGAGUACGAUGUUCUGGACAUUGCCGGAAGCUCUCCUCGUCAGGGUAAUCAACGUUACCUGCUAUCCACUUUGGAAGUGGCUGUGGUGAUGCUCGGCUGUGUCAUCUUUGUGGGCGCCCUCGUCACCGCCCUUUGUAUCACGUGCGUUCGCAGAAGUAAACGUCGCAGACGUCGGGAGAAAGCGAUGUUCUCGACCACCAGCCCGAUUGGUUUCGCUUUGGCAGAUCCAUCCGCGACUCUCCAGAAGCCGCCAUUGUUCCCGACCUUUGUCGACGGCCUUCACUACGACCCUGAACCGUUCUGCGCCGACAUACCGAGACGGCACAGCAUCUGCGAGCACGGAUCUAAUUGCGCCCGUUUCCACGCGAUGGGCGGUUGUAGUAAGCACGCCGGGAGGACGACGGGGACCCCGAAAGGCCUGGAGGCAUCCGCGACGUCCUUGCAUUCCAGCGGUCAGGAUUCUGGGAUCGUGGCGCGCGCCUCCUGCCACUGCAGUCACUCGUCCAGCCCCUCAAGCGGCGAGAGCAGCAACGGCUACGAGGACUCUCUGAAGUCCCUGCAGCGGCGCGAAAGAGGAAACGAGAUCUCUCGCGGAAUCCACGACACCUCGACGACGACGACGACGAGUAUGGUGGUGGGGAGGCGAGGGACCCAAACAACCAGGAGGCGGCAACGAUACAACUCGUUCUCGAACGGUGAAUCGAUGUACUCCCACGAGAUGACGUUGCAGAGGGAGCAGCAACGUUGCUGCAACCUUGGGACCGAGAAGAGGCGGAAGAACGACGGCGGGGUGGGGCGCGAGCAUCGGCGCGCGCAUUCGGAAGCUGAGAACAAUAUCACCGAGACAGUGAUACACGAACAUCCUGGAACCGAGAUCUCGUUGUCCAGCUCUUUGCAGAACACCUCCCCUCUUCACGGUGUAACGAGAUCCACCCACAUGCUGUAUUAA